AUGGACGUUCAGAAGCAGCAGCUGUGUCCGCGGCUGGUGGAUUAUCUGACUAUAGUAGGCGCCAAACCUUAUACUUCUGGCAAGGGGCUCGCACCUGUUCAGGCUCCGGAACUUCUCAGACGCUAUCCUUUAACGAACCACGAUGACUUCCCCCUUCCGCUGGACAUGGUGUACUUCUGUCAGCCCGAGGGCUGCGUAUCGGUGGGGCCCCGUCGACAAAUUUCUCAAAUCGCUACAAGAGACACCGCAUCCUUUGUCUUCACUCUUACUGAUAAGGACUCUGGUAAGACGCGUUAUGGAGUAUGUGUCAAUUUCUACCGCGCGGUAGAACGGGCGCCAGCGCCGGGCCCGCGAGAUCGCAGCGUGCUUCGCCGCGAGUCCUGGCGCAAGUCUAUGGAGAAGAGUUCCGAUUCCGCCUUCUCGAGUGACUAUAGGAGCAGCAACGUAGCGCCCAGUGACUCGGAACGUGAUUGCAGCGCCACGCUGGCUCCUCGGCUGGCGCCCGCGCCGGACUCCGAGAGCGGAGGCUCACAUUCACCUAGUCCACGGGCUAGUCGAAAACGACAGCGUAUACGGAACCACUCACUCACAUCCCUGUGCCUAUUAUCACAUCAUCCAUUCUUUUCCACGUUCCGAGAGUGCCUAUUUAUCCUUAAAAAGUUAAUAGAUGCCUGCAACGAGUCUUCCAGUCCACGACGUGUUGGCGCGUCCAGACAAAUAUUUAGGGAUACGGUGUGGUCUGUAUUAACUGGGCAAUCCUACGACAAUACGCCUACGAUAGUUCUCCACGACGUAAAGGAAAUUGAGACGUGGAUACUGAGAUUGCUGUCGGCCCCCGUGCCGGUGCCAGGCAAGACUCGCGUCGAGCUGGAGGUUCUCUCGCCGACCGCUCAUGCGCCUCUCCUGUUCGCGCUACCCGAUCACACAAGGUUCACGUUAGUGGACUUCCCGCUCCAUUUGCCUUUGGAAUUACUAGGUGUGGACACAUGUCUGAAAGUACUGACGUUGAUUAUGAUGGAAAAUAAAGUAGUAGUACAGUCUCGUGAUUACAAUGCCCUGUCGAUGUCGGUAAUGGCGCUGGUCGCCAUGCUGUAUCCCCUCGAGUACAUGUUUCCGGCAAUACCAUUACUACCAAGCUGUAUGAAUUGCGCGGAACAGCUUCUUUUGGCUCCAACGCCAUUUUUAAUUGGAAUUCCGGCCACUUUCUUCACUUACAAGAAAAACUUCAGAUUACCAGAUGACAUUUGGCUGGUAGACUUGGACGCAACAAAGUUAAUAUGCCCGACCGGCAGUGAUCAAGAUCUGCCUCCACUACCGGAACCGGAAAGCUCAGUUCUUAAGAAUCAUUUAAAACAGGCCGUGCAUCUCAUGGAAAUUACCGGAACUGGUGCUCUGAACAGUCUGACGAACAGUUCAGUAGAGCAAGCGACGGCGCCUAUAAUGCCUUCAAGGAGGGACAGUGUUGGCGGAGCUACCCUCAAAGUCCAGCAACCGUUGUACCGAGAGAGCGGAUCGCACAGCGCUCCGCAGAGCACGGCGCACAGCACGCCGGAGAGCCGGCGCGUGUCGGUGGGCAGCGCGGGCCACACGCCGCAGCGCCACUCGCUGGCCUCGCCGCACUCGCCUCACACACCUCACACGCCUCACACGCCGCAGCAGACCUUCAACCCCCUUAUAUACGGCCACGACGUUGACUCCGUUGACAUCGCCACUCGAGUAGCUAUGGUUCGAUUUUUCAACUCGCAAAAUGUUUUGGCCAAUUUUAUGGAACACACAAGGACUUUGCGAUUAUACCCACGGCCGGUUGUCGCCUUUCAAAUCAACAGCUUCUUGAGAUCGCGGCCAAGAACCAGUUCCUUUUUAAACAAAUUUGCAAGAACUCAAGCAGUGGAAUUCUUAGCGGAAUGGUCGUUGACGCCAUGCAACGUAGCGUUUCUCCGAGUACAGACUGGUGUAUUUGAUCCACGGCAAAUAGGUGAUAAGCCCAAAUGGUUCGCAGAUCAAUUACAACCCAUCCGUUUUGCUGUGUGGGAUGAUGGAAGUUCUCUGAACGGUGCUUUGAGACAACUCCAACGGCAUGAAAACCAACCAACUGACGAAAGUGGAUCAGAUUCAGACGCUGCUGAGAGUACAAGUUCCUCCUAUUCCUCUCUAAGUGACUUUGUCUCCGAGAUGGCUUCAUCGGAUUUAUCACCAGGCGGAAAUCCUCAUCAGCAACACGUUAUAGGGGAGACCUAUAACGCUGUAGUCCAAGUGCGGAUGACACUGUCUUCAUCACUAGAUCCCAAAACGGUAUAUAGCCCUCCAUCUUCGCUCAUGUACGGCGAUGAAGAUGAGUGCAAGGAUGAAGGUCGCACUUCCACGUCACCCUCCCCAUCGGCUUCAAGUUCUGACCAUAGUGAAAUGUCUGAUGAAGAAAUGCCAGUGGACGAGAGACAGAAAACUACAGACUCUCAUCCACCACCCGCGAAGAAAAGCGAUACGGACAGCGGAAGUUUCGGUCGCGAAUCGGACUCAAACUCUACCACUACGCCAAAGACGGUAGUGAGCAGACAACGCGCCGCCGCGGACAGCGGCAGCACCAGCGACUCCGAACGCGCACUCACUCCCUCGCACUACUCCCAGCCGCCCUCGCACUCGCACGCCGCCCACGUUAAGAAUACCGGCAGUGGUGUUUCUCGUCAAGCGUCUCAAACAUCACUGCUAGAGCAAUUUGCAGCGCAAGCUAAGGAGUUGGUUCGGGAAACGACACGACAAAGCAGCCAAGAGGGCCUAUUAGCCCACAUGGAUAAGAAAGGAAAAGCGGCACAAGUGGACGAUAAGAAAAUAUUUGCUCCUUUGCAACAGUUUACGCACCACGCAAAAAAGGCAGCAGAGGAAGCUUCCAAAAGCGUACAAGAGGCGUCGAAGUCUGCGCUGGAAGCUAGCAAAACUGCUACGGCGGCCAGCAAAAAUACUCUAGAAGAUCUGACAUAUGUGAGCAAAUCAACUUUUGGAGACAUCACGAAGAGUGCAAAGGAGGCGGCAGCAAAAAAGGGUCUAUUAAUUAAGACUGAAAGUCAAGAGGCGUCAAGUGCAGCAAAUGCGAGAAGGGAUUCGACAGCUCUACAGACCACAAACUUGCUAGCGACGACACAUCGCGAUUUCUUCUCCAACAUCAGCUCCGACCUUAAUGGGCUAGCUGCCUCUACCUCCAGUAUGUUCAGUGACUUCUUUGGGUCCAAAGGUAAGCAAGCGAAGCCAGAAGCGGGGCGAAGUACUGGUAGCGGGGGGGCAGGUAGUGCGGGCGGUGCGGGCGGGGCGGGCGCGCCGCUGGCCACGUUCGGCCCGUUCUCUCAGGGCGCGCGCGGGCUGGUGCAGCGCUCGCCGCUCAUCCGGCACGCAGCGCCCGCGCCGCACUCGCCGCCACACACCACGCGAACGAACGCUAACACCGAGAAUCAGGCGUUUCUAAACGACUUGGUGCAGCAUGUCCUGGAAGGCGAAGGUGUGGGUUGGUUAAAAUUAAAUCGACUAAAGAAGUUAAUGGAAGACGAAUCCUAUAGAAAUAUGGUACUCAGCAAGUUAAACAGGAAUUUCAAUCGAAAAAUAACGCCUAAUGACAAAGUUGACGAUGUGUUCAUCAGCAAACCCGUUUGGAAAGGUAUGCUUAAAGUGUUACAAGCAGUUGUCCAUGGAUUAGAGCAUACGUACUCAAAUUUUGGUCUGGGAGGCAUGGCGUCGGUGUUCCAAUUGACGGAAAUGGCCCACACUCACUACUGGAGCAAGGAAGUAGCAGGUGUUGAACAUGGAGGUAUGGGGGGCUCAGCUCUCACUGAGCACUACGGGCGACAUGACGAGACUCCUUCUUCUUCACCGUCAUCAAGAAAAAGUUCGCAGACAGAUGUACCAGUCCUUAACUACCCUGAAAUGGAUUCAUCAGAGGCACAGAGCACCACAGAAAUGUUCAAGGAUAUGUUAAAUCAGAAAAGAAAUCUUCUAUUCAGCAAACUCACUUCCUUUGACUCUGAUGCGGCGCACUCGUCGGAUUGCUCAGCCGACGAGAGCGGCUCCAUCACCACCAACCGAGCCAAUCUCCUCGACCACCGCGCCUCCUUUAAAUCCAACCUCUCUGACACUGACGUCAUGUUCGUCAACCAAGCCGGAAGGGGAGAAGGGCUUGUGGGGAAUAAGCCUCGCGCUGCAAGUGUGUUCUCUUCGAAAUCUUCAUUGAGCGGCUAUCGUCCUCCGGUUGGAGUUCCUACCACAUCGCCUCUCACCUCACCUGACACAGCGAGGACCUACCUAUAUCAAGGCCUAAUAGGUAAAGAAAGAUCGAAUUUAUGGGACCAAAUGCAAUUCUGGGAGGACGCAUUCUUAGACGCUGUAAGUCAAGAAAGAGAUAUGAUAGGCAUGGACCAAGGUGCCAACGAAAUGAUGGAGCGCUACAAGUGUCUCAGUGAGACAGAGAGGAAACGUUUAGAACAUGAAGAAGAUAGACUGCUAUCGACAGCACUGUACAAUUUAACUGCGGCCAUGGUGUUGUUUGGGGUUCAAGCUGACGUAGUACGUAAUAAAGUACGGAGAUUGCUUGCUAAGAGUCACAUUGGACUUAUUUACAGUCAAGAAGUCAACCAUCUUCUUGAUGUUGUGCAUAAUUUGCACGGCAACGACAUCGAGCUGAAGCCGCUGGGGUCGCGGCAGCUGCGGCGGGCGACGUUCACGGUGCACGAGGGCGAGGCGGGCGGCGAGCUGCGCUUCAUGGAGGUGCGCGACGACGGGCUCGUGCUGCGCUCUACACAGGGUACAAUAGUGGAGCGGUGGUGGUACGAGCGAUUAGUCAACAUGACUUAUAGCCCCAAAAUACGAAUUUUGUGCCUUUGGAGAAAAAACGGCGGUCAAACGCAACUUCACAAAUAUUAUACUAAAAAGUGCAAAGCGUUAUAUUACUGCAUCAAAGAAGCAAUGGAGAAGAGUGGACGACGUCAGGAUGCGGCAGAACUUGGCGGUGAAUUCCCCAUACAAGAUUGCGCUACUGGUGAAGGCGGCCUUAUUCAGGUGUGCAUGGAAGGCGUCGGGCUACUUUUCCAUCAUAGCAAGGAUUUCGAGUUCUUUGUACGGCUGGAUCACAUACGAAAAUGUUUCACUCAGAAUGGCGGAAUCUUCGUUUUAGAAGAAUUCAAUCCAAAAACAAGACAGAUAAUACAACGCAAAUACAAAUCUAUUAUGGCUGAUCAAAUUUGCUACGCGGUGUUGUGCGUAUUCUCCUAUUUCGCGGCGGGUCAAGAACAAAAGAAGGUGAUACUGGAGCAAGCGGCCAGGCUGCCUCCGCAGGCAGCCCCAGAACCCAACCCUGUUACCCUCGCUAAGUCUCAUGCAGAUAAAACAGAAGCCGUUGUUCCUAAAACUGUAACUCGAAAAAAUUUUACGUCAGAGCAAAGUUCCGAGACAGCUUCGCCCACGGCUCGAUCCAGCAUAAAAAUGGAGAGACCAGAAAGUCGCGUAGAAACAAGGUCAACAUAUGCAAAAAGUAACAUUGUUCCUGAAAGUGAUCCAAAGGUACCUCUGGAAAUACAGCGGAUACCAUCGGACAGACAGUACCGAACGACACCUCAAAAACAAUUCGUGGAACAGUCUCGAAGUAGUCCUGAAAGGCAACUGGAUGACUUGACGCGUUCUAGUCUGUCCCAAUCAAGGGGUGGCAAUUGCAGUCCGGAUAGGACAUCUCAGAACACGGAUAGACGAAGUAGUAUGGAUAAGCAGCAUGAGGUACAGGAGAAACCCGUGACACAACGAACGGAGAAUCUCCCUCCUCGCCGCCCUCCACCACCAGCACCGAUACAACAGAGGCUUACGCGAGCGCAUUCUCAAGCAGCGGCGUAUCGGACUCCAGAACCUCCCGAAGUGCCGCCGCGCCGGCCGCCCGCGCCUCCACCGCGCCAGCUGUCCGCCGCCGCCGACCUCAACACGCUUCCUAAAUCAACAAGUCCAGUUCGUCGACCACCACCAGCUCAAAGGCAGACAUCAGUGAAUGCUCCCUUUACUUCCUCCAACCCCUUCAGCACGCCGCGUCACACUGAAUUUGUUAUACCACAACGGAAUAACUCACGUCGUCCCUCUACCGAACACAACUAA